AUGUCUGCUGAGAACCUGACUUCGAACAAGAUCUUUGACUUGACCGGACGCGUAGCGCUCGUGACGGGCGGGGGCUCCGGUAUCGGCUUGAUGAUCGCGGGCGGUCUCGCUGCCAACGGUGCAAAAGUCUACAUCGCGAGUCGUCGCCUCGAGCUUCUCGAGAAAGUCGCCGGCGAAUGGAACCAAAAGGGCUGGAACGUCGUCCCCCUUGUAUGCGAUGUCACGGACCGCGAUAGUAUCUUGGCAGCCAAGAAGGUGGUUGAAGAAAAGGAUGGCAAGCUCCAUAUCCUCGUGAAUAACGCUGGAGCCGUGGGCCCGCGGACUGGAUGGCUCAACACCCCCGAUGCUCCGGAGAAGAAAGAUGCAGAGACCUUCGGCGCAGCUCUCUUCAAUGAUGGCGGGUUCGACGAGUGGUCUUGGCUGUACAAGAUCAACACCUUCAGCGUCUAUUAUGUUACCGCUGCCUUCACCGGUCUACUAGAGAAGGGCGCGAAAGAUAUCGGCGGAACUUUCACGUCAAGUGUAGUCAACAUCACCAGCAUUAGCGGCAUCGUCAAGCUUGCUCAGAACCACUUUUGCUACAACAGCGCGAAAGCUGCCGCGUCUCAUCUGACCAAGAUGAUGUCUACCGAGUACGCUCUGAACAAGAUCCCCGUUCGCAUCAAUGCCAUCGCGCCGGGAGUCUACGCGUCUGAGAUGACCUUCGACGAGAUCAGUCCUGAGGAUGUGGAAAAGGUAGCCCAAUCUAUUGUCCCUGUACCCGCCGGUCGCGCUGGAUUGGCGGAGGAAAUGGCGGGCACCGUCAUCUACCUGUCUACGAAGGCGGGUGGGUACGCAAACGGACAGGAAAUUGUCAUCGACGGCGGAUACCUCGCCGUCAACCCGUCUACCAAGUAG